UCAUUGCCACCAACUUUUGCUAUCAAAGUUAUAUAGUGUUAUAAUUGGGUAAUUAAUAUAAGUCCAUUUCUAAUUUUUUAAUAAUUUUAUUUCCUAAAUUAUAGUUUGAAAUUAAAUUCAUAUGUAUAAGCCUUACUCUUUCACUGAUAAAAAUAUUCAGUCAAUACUCUUAGAAGAGUGGCAGAAGAAAGAACAGAUGGAAAUUCAAUCUAUAAAAAUGCAGUUCUUCAAUAUUCAGGCUUAUAGUUGUUUGUGGACCUUACUCUUCCAAAUUGUCAAAUUUGUUGAUAGUCUCUAAAAACAAACCAACCAACCGACCUGUGGGUAAUCAUGAAAAAACACAGAUAUGUAUUUUAGUUAUCUUUCACUUAACAAGGCUAUUAAGUAAACAAUUAUUUGGAAUGUCCAUUUAAUUAAUAAAAAUAAAAGUAGUUACAUAAACUGUACUUAAUUAUUGUGGGAAUGCUCCAAAAUACAAAACAGCAUGAUUAUACAAUAUUUUCAAACUUUUAUAUCAAUCACCCUGAAGCCAAAGAUUUCACACCCUAAAAGUAUAGAGCAGUUCUAUCUAGGUAACUAGGUAGCUAGAAUUCAUAUAACUAUGUAACUAUCUAAUUAAUAAAGUGCUUAAUUUGACCUCAGUGCAACAGUAAAUAUUUGUUAGAAUUGCCUCCUUCAAUACUCCUCAGCAAUGUUAGAGAAGUAAAUAUAAUUAUAUCCAGAAUCUAAAAAGUGAAAUAACUUUUACAACAAAAUAAAGCCAGUUAUUGGGUGGAGUAUGAUUUGCUACUUGUCUAAAGGAUUCAAGCCCCCUUCCUGUUGUAUCAAUUAAAAGGUUUUAAUUGAAAUAAAUUAAAAAAAAGCAGUUAUAGUCCAGUUGACUCUGACUCAUGGCAACUCUUUUUGUGUCAGAAGAGAACUGUACUCCAUAGGGUUUUCAACUGUCGAUUUUUCAGAAAUAGAUUGUCAGGCUUUUCUUCUAGACAUCUCUCGUGUACUUGAGCCUCCAAUCUUUAAGUUAGCAAUCCAGUGCGUUCUCUGCUUGCACCUCCCAAGGACUCCAAAAUAAAUAAGUACUAUAAAAUACAGACACGUUAAAUUCAUCACUAUUUGUUAUCUACUCACAUCUAAAACUACACUCUAAUAGACAAUAAGGGAAAGACAGAGAGAGGGAGAAAGAGUUGGUUCUUAAUAAGGACAGCUUUGAAUAUAAGGUGUAGGUAACCAGCCAUAUAAGGGAAAUGGUGUUUUUUUUAGGAAGUCUUAAAUAUUCUUAUAUAUCUAUUAUAGGAUGAAGAAUACGAAGGAGUACCAAAGAUCAAUUGGUGAGUAUAUAUAUUUGUGUUUUCAAUUAGUCUGUUUAGUUUUAUAAAUUUAUGUGUGGUUUCAUGAAAAGCAGAGUUUCCUUCUGGUCCUGACAUGAAAGUCACAAGUUUCUGAAUCCAUUCCCAGAGUUAAUAACUCUGCAGGGCUGUUCCUCUACCAUGGCCUUGGAGAGGAUUCCCCAGACACCAGAAAGGUGGCUACUUUUAAAGGUAGCAAACGAGGGACAGACUUUUGUGUAGUGAGUUUCAGAGUUAGCCAAUGCCACUAAAAGCCUUUGAUGGCUCCACAAGCUAGAUUCCUGGACACUUUUAAAUGUCAUCACUUGAUAGAUACCUGAGCUAUGUUGCCAUAAUGGUGGCCUCUUUGAUGUCUAUAAUCUACCACUCGUCUUUCAGUUUGUGGUACUGUGGUGUCUAUAAUAACGCAUUUGUGGAUCAAUUCCAUAUACAACUUCAAAAAUAAACAUUAUUUUGGAGACUUCCUACUAAAUAAUUUAAUAUCAAAAAAACAGCAACAAAGAAACGUGGUACACUGAGUGAUGAUUUAAUUAUUUAACUGCAUGUAUUAUGUAUGCUCUCGCUAGUUUCAAUGACUGUCUGGGUUUUCUUAGUGCUAGCAUCACUCUGUCAAUGAGAUAGACAUUUUAAAGUCAGGCUAAAACUUUGAGAGACACUUUUGUUUUUUUGGCACAUUGGAUUCUAUGGAAUAUAAUAAUAAUUAAAAUUUUUCUCAGAAGAAAAUUAAUACAAAAUCCAAACCAGUUUCCAUCACAUCGACCCCAACUCAUGACAACCUCGUGUGUGUCAGAGUGUCAGAGUGCUCAUUAGGGUUUUGAACGGAUGAUUUUUUUUAAAUAGAUCACCACACUUUUCUUCUAAGGUGCUGUUGGGUGGUCUCGAAUCACCAACCUUUUAGUUAGCAGUGAGCAGGUUAACCCUUUGCAACACUCAGGGACUUCUGGAAAGAAAAUUUGAGACCAUCUAAUCCAGCUAUUAAUUUUAUUGGUGACAAAACUCAGAAUGGGAAAAAUACAUAUUAUUAUUUCAAAAACCAAUGUAGUCAUUCUCUGCACUUGAUCUUAAUCUGUAUUUACCAUCUUUGCCUGAUAAAUUAUAACCCCUGCAUCUUUUUUCCCAGCAGAUUUUGUGAAAACAAACAAGCACAUGGCUGCAGAGAAUUUGACAGUUGUUACUGAGUUUAUUCUUUUGGGACUGACAGAUCAGGCUGAAAUGAAAAUUGUGCUUUUUGGGUUAUUCCUGGUGAUUUAUGCCAUUACCUUGGUGGGGAAUCUGGGCAUGAUCUUCUUAAUCCACACCACUCCCAAGCUCCACACGCUCAUGUACUUUUUCCUCAGCUGCCUUUCAUUUGUAGACGCCUGCUAUUCAUCUGCAAUUGCACCCCAAAUGCUGAUAAACCUUCUGGUUGUGAAGGGAACCAUUUCUUUCCCUGCUUGCAUGGUGCAGCAUUUGUGUUUCGGGGUGUUCGUUACCACAGAAGUUUUCUUGCUGUCGGUAAUGGCCUAUGACCGUUAUGUGGCCAUUGUGAACCCUUUGCUUUACACUCUAGCCAUGUCUAAGAGAAAGUGCAUAGUAUUGGUCACUGGGUCAUGGGCAUGUGGAACAGUUAGCUCAUUAAUACAUACAAUAAGUUUGGGCAGACUGUUCUUUUGUGGUCCAAAUGUCAUCAGCCACUUCUUCUGUGAUAUCCCCUCACUGCUAAAGCUGUCGUGUUCGGAUACCUCCUUGAAUGAGUUGUUGCUGUUAACCUUCUCUGGAGUCAUUGCCAUGGCCACCUUGUUGAUUGUGAUCAUUUCCUACAUGCUCAUCCUUGUUGCUCUACUGAGGAUCCGCUCAGCAUCAGGCAGACGGAAAGCCUUCUCCACCUGCGCCUCUCAUCUGACUGCUGUGACCAUAUUCUAUGGUACCUUGAGCUUUAGUUACAUUCAGCCAAGCUCCCAGUAUUCUGUAGAACAGGAGAAGGUGGUUGCUGUGUUCUACACACUAGUGAUUCCCAUGUUAAAUCCAUUGAUUUACAGCCUGAGAAACAAAGAGGUAAAUGUUGCAGUGAAAAGGGCCAUAGAAAUGAAACAUUUGCCUUGUUGAUUUUCCCUUUUGAUCUUACAAUAUUCUAUCAGUUUUCAGUUACUUACAUUCACAAGAUUUUUAUGAAUUAAUGUUAAAGCUUUUAGGGUUUGUAUAGAU